UCGCCGAGCACCACCCGCCAUGGCCGCCUCCUCCUCCCCCCUCGCCGCUGGCGACAGCGCGCACCGGCGGCAGUGGCGGUACACGUGGGAGACCCUGGCGCACCUACCCCUCCUGCGCCUCUACCUCUCCCACCCGGCCCUCUCCGCCGCGGCGCCCUCCGGCCUCCGAGCCGACCUCCGCCUCGACGCCGACCUCCUCCUCCUCUCCUUCUCCCUUGCGUCGGACCCCGUCUCGCUCAGGGUCCCCGUGCCGAGGGUGCUCGUGGACCCCUCCGCCCCGCCCGAGUGCCGCGCCGCGGGGGACCACCUCGAGGUCCGCCUCACCCUCGUCCUUCCCGUCGACCACCCCGUCGUCGCCGCCGCCUUCCCCGGCGCCGGCCCUCCCGCGCCCCUCUCCCUCCGCGAUGAUUUGAAGAGUCUUUCUUCUGGAGAUGUCCAUUUGUAUUGCAAAACGUGCUCAGCGAGAUUGACAAAACAGCCACUAAGGGACAUUGUGGAAAUGCCAUCUUUAAAUUGGGAGGAUGUGGCUGACAAUUGGUUUGGUGGAUGUUGCACAUCAUUCGGAGGGGCAAGUGAGAAGUUAAUAUCACACUAUAUCAAUGCAUAUGGUCGCCUGCAGAGAACAACUCUGCUAGAUGCUACCUCCAUUAUUAUAGAGAAGGAUUAUCUUGAGACUGAUAUAGUAUCCAGAGUAGAUAGUUCAGUGCCCAGUGUUGAUAUUGUUGCACUAGAAGAAGCUCUGUUUAAUGUUACUCUAGAAAGCGAUCCUACUGCCGAGAAGACAAAAUUGAAUAAUGCAGAAGAGGAGGCAUGCCAUGAAAAGAAAAUUGAUUCUAAUCACAUGCGACCUCCAGUUCUUUUGGAGGAGGGUCCUUGUAUUGAUAAUACUGAAAAAAAUGAAGUCACUCCUUGGACUGAUCAAUGUGGUACUAUCCAGCUGAAUAAUGGUGACGAUGUGAACUCUGAGAAGUCUACAAGUGACUGUUUUAUUGAAAACAUGGAGCAAACUUCUCAAGAGGCUGAUUUGAAUCAGGUUGAUCCAUGCAGUUGCUGCUGUGACAGUGGAGAUAGUGGAAAAGCUGGACUGGACAACCAAAGAGAUUACAAGUUAACAAAAAGUAUCUCUCUUGGAAGUAGCUUUAUUGUUAAAGAAUCAAACCUUGUGAAAGAUGUUAACUGGGUUGAACUUUUAUGUUCUCAUUGCUCGUCAUCUCUUGGGUCAUACCCAUCGCAAUAUUCAGAUGCUCCAUCGGAUGGACGGGUACGGCUGUUCAAGUGUUACACAUCCUCAGACAUUCCUGUUGGGGGUUCUCAUGAUGUGUUCAGGGGACACACAUUGGAAAAACUAUUUGUUAAUUUGUUGCUUGAAAUUGCUGAAGAUGAAAUAUCUUUUCGUACAGUAGUGAGAGAUUUGAAAACCAAAAGGCCCAUGCUGCAGAUAGUCCUCCUUAGUUCAAAAGCAUGGAUGUUUUCUGGUUACUGCUAUGAAAAUGAAAUUGAUGGUUCACAUGUGACAGCAAAUCUGCAGCCUACUGUUAAGCUCCUGUAUUCUAACUGCAGUAGUGCCUCAGAAACAGACUUAAGGACAGUAGAGGAGUGGUCAUCCAAAUAUCGGGCUGAACAGUUAUACAUGAUGGCGCGGCAGAUAAAUGAACUUACUGAAUGUCUUAGCUCAGCUAUGGAUGAGUUCCCUCUUUCUUGCUCGUCUCUUGAAGGAAUGUGUCUUUCGUCUCUGGAGCGUUGAUUCGAGCUUAUAAGAUAAUAGUACUUUAUUCAUGAUGCCCCAAGCCCCUGACUGAUCAUUGUAUCAUGCAUCUCUGGUGGAGAGCCUAAUCAUUUAUACCAAACACUGUUCCUGCCUAUCUCAGUUUAGCAGUCGUUCAGCGAGCUGGUUGUCUCAUCUAUACACUGCAAAAUUUCUGGAUUCCCCCUGCUGACACAAGGCUGAGUGACAGACAGGCUCUUAUUCAAUGCUUUUGGCGAUAGGGGAUUCAGUCAGCCAUCUCUUCAUCUACUCUAAGAAGUAUUUGGCACAUUGUUGUAGUUAUACAGCGUUAAUGCUCAACCCACUAACGUGCUUGUAUUCUGUAUUCUGGUAUGUUGCUAGAUUUUAGUCCUUGAAAUGCAUUUAUGGAGUGAUCUGUGAUGCAUUAUAUUUCUUGGACUCUUCUGGUGAAAGAUAGUUCUUCAACUCUUA